UACAGGUGUGAUGAACUUCACUCCGUUUCACUCCGUUUCGUUCAACUGUUUAUAGAUUACAGUAGGUUUAUAGGUUACAGGUGUGUUGAACUCCACUCCGUUUCACUCCGUUUCGUUCAACUGUUUAUAGAUUACAGUAGGUUUAAAGGUUACAGGUGUGUUGAACUCCACUCCGUUUCACUCCGUUUCGUUCAACUGUUUAUAGAUUACAGUAGGUUUAUAAAUUACAGGUGUGUUGAACUUCACUCCGUUUCACUUCGUUUCGUUCAACUGUUUAUAGAUUACAGUAGGUUUAUAGGUUACAGGUGUGUUGAACUCCACUCCGUUUCGUUCAACUGUUUAUAGAUUACAGUAGGUUUAUAGGUUACAGGUGUGUUGAACUCCACUUCGUUUCACUCCGUUUCGUUCAACUGUUUAUGGAUUACAGUAGGUUUAUAGGUUACAGGUGUGUUGAACUCCACUCCGUUUCACUCCGUUUCGUUCAACUGUUUAUAGAUUACAGAAGGUUUAUAGGUUACAGGUGUGUUGAACUCCACUCCGUUUCACUCCGUUUCGUUCAACUGUUUAUAGAUUACAGUAGGUUUAAAGGUUACAGGUGUGUUGAACUCCACUCCGUUUCACUCCGUUUCGUUCAACUGUUUAUAGAUUACAGUAGGUUUAUAGGUUACAGGUGUGUUGAACUUCACUCCGUUUCACUCCGUUUCGUUCAACUGUUUAUGGAUUACAGUAGGUUUAUAGGUUACAGGUGUGUUGAACUCCACUCCGUUUCACUCCGUUUCGUUCAACUGUUUAUAGAUUACAGAAGGUUUAUAGGUUACAGGUGUGUUGAACUCCACUCCGUUUCACUCCGUUUCGUUCAACUGUUUAUAGAUUACAGUAGGUUUAAAGGUUACAGGUGUGUUGAACUCCACUCCGUUUCACUCCGUUUCGUUCAACUGUUUAUAGAUUACAGUAGGUUUAUAAAUUACAGGUGUGUUGAACUUCACUCCGUUUCACUUCGUUUCGUUCAACUGUUUAUAGAUUACAGUAGGUUUAUAGGUUACAGGUGUGUUGAACUCCACUCCGUUUCACUCCGUUUCGUUCAACUGUUUAUAGAUUACAGUAGGUUUAUAGGUUACAGGUGUGUUGAACUCCACUCCGUUUCACUCCGUUUCGUUCAACUGUUUAUAGAUUACAGAAGGUUUAUAGGUUACAGGUGUGUUGAACUCCACUCCGUUUCACUCCGUUUCGUUCAACUGUUUAUAGAUUACAGUAGGUUUAUAGGUUACAGGUGUGUUGAACUCCACUCCGUUUCACUCCGUUUCGUUCAACUGUUUAUAAGUUACAGUAGGUUUAUAGGUUACAGGUGUGUUGAACUCCACUCCGUUUCGUUCAACUGUUUAUAGAUUACAGUUGGUUUAUAGGUUACAGGUGUGUUGAACUCCACUCCGUUUCACUCCGUUUCGUUCAACUGUUUAUAGAUUACAGUAGGUUUAUAGGUUACAGGUGUGUUGAACUCCACUCCGUUUCACUCCGUUUCGUUCAACUGUUUAUAGAUUACAGUAGGUUUAUAGGUUACAGGUGUGUUGAACUCCACUCCGUUUCACUCCGUUUCGUUCAACUGUUUCUAGAUUACAGAAGGUUUAUAGGUUACAGGUGUGUUGAACUCCACUCCGUUUCACUCCGUUUCGUUCAACUGUUUAUAAGUUACAGUAGGUUUAUAGGUUACAGGUGUGUUGAACUCCACUCCGUUUCACUCCGUUUCGUUCAACUGUUUAUAGAUUACAGUUGGUUUAUAGGUUACAGGUGUGUUGAACUCCACUCCGUUUCACUCCGUUUCGUUCAACUGUUUAUAGAUUACAGUAGGUUUAUAGGUUACAGGUGUGUUGAACUCCACUCCGUUUCACUGCGUUUCGUUCAACUGUUUAUAGAUUACAGUAGGUUUAUAGGUUACAGAUCGUACUGGAUUUCCA